UUAUCGGGCAAUCUUAUUGGGAAUAACGAGGGCAUCUCUGAAUACUCAAAGUUUCAUAUCCGAAGCGAGUUUUCAAGAAACUACUCGGGUUUUAGCAAAAGCCGCUCUACGAGGGCGUAUUGAUUGGUUGAAAGGACUGAAAGAGAACGUUGUUCUGGGGGGGAUUAUACCCGUUGGUACCGGAUUCCAAAAAUUAGUGCACCGUUCAAGACAAGACAAGAACAUUCAUUUGGAAAUUAAAAAGAAUAAUCUAUUCGACUUAGAGAUGAGAGAUAUUUUGUUACACCAUAGAGAAUUAUUUUGUUCUUGCAUCCAAGACAAUUAAUUUAUAUGAGACAUCAGAACAAUCAUUUACGAAUUCCUAAGGGUUGAUUCAUUUUUUUUUUUUUUACCCUUUUUUUAAUUUCACUAUUUAUUUUAUUUUAUCUGGUCCGAUCAUUGAUUUGGUAAAAAAAAAAUAAGUAAUAAAAAGAAAUUAAUGUAAUGGUUUGAACCGCGUAUCGACGGUCAAUCCCCGUUAGAAGGUUCCCUCGGAACAAUCAUUAUUUUUUUUAGGGUAUCUCGUCUCUUUGCAAAAAACAAAGAGGGAAUGUGGGGGAAAGUGAAAAGAAGAUAUUGGAACAUCAAUUUGCCGGAGAUGAUGGAAGCAGGAGUUCAUUUUGGUCAUGGUACUAAGAAAUGGAAUCCUAGAAUGGCCCCUUACAUCUCCGCAAAACGUAAAGGAAUUCAUAUUACAAAUCUUACUAUAACUGCUCGUUUUUUAUCAGAAGCCUGUGAUUUAGUUUUUGAUGCAGCAAGUAGAGGAAAAAGCUUUUUAAUCGUUGGUACCAAAAAUAAAGCAGCGGAUUCAGUAGCAUCGGCCGCAAUAAAGGCUCGGUGUCAUUAUGUUAAUAAAAAAUGGCUUGGUGGUAUGUUAACGAAUUGGUCCACUACGGAAACGAGACUUCAUAAGUUCAGGGACUUAAGAGCAGAACAAAACAUGGGGAAACUGAACCGUCUCCCCAAAAGAGAUGCAGCGAUGUUGAAGAGAAAAUUAUCUGCCCUGCAAUCAUAUCUGGGUGGGAUCAAAUAUAUGACGGGUUUGCCCGAUAUUGUAAUCAUCGUUGAUCAGGAAAAAGAAUAUAUGGCUCUUCAAGAAUGUGCCAUUUUGGGGAUUCCGACAAUUUGUUUAAUCGAUACAAAUUGUAACCCAGAUCUUGCAGAUAUUUCGAUUCCAGCCAACGAUGAUGCUAUAGCUUCAAUCCGAUUGAUUCUUAACAAAUUAGUAUUUGCAAUUUGCGAGGGUCGUUAUAGCUAUAUAGGAAAUCGUUGAUUAUUAUUAAAAAUAAAAAAUAAUCAAAUUGCUUAAUUAUUUGAUUUGGGAAUUCCAUAGAUUUAUUGGAUCGGUUACUAUUCCUGAACUUUUUAAAAGAGAUAAAUAAAAAAAAGUACUUGGGAUAUUGAUCUUAUGUGAUUACUUGGAAAUAAUCGAUUUAUUAUUAAAGUAGGUGAGUUCAUAAAGAGAUGGUUGAAUCAAAAUAAUUCUUUUU